UGGCAGAUUUCCCCCCCUGAAGAACAACAGUGAACCUGUCGGGAUGCUCAGUAGAUAUCAAAUACUGAUGUUAUCCGUUUAUUAAAAUAAAUAUUUAUUUGAUUUAUUUAGUUUAGCUUCCCCAGCUGCCAUUGGAACUGUAUCCCACAUUCAAUGGUAGAAUUCUAAAUUUGUCUAGAAUUAUUUUACUUCCACAAUUUAUUAAAACCUCCAUCCAAGAUGAUGCUAGUUCCCGUGUAACCCCCUCCCCUUCCCUCUCGAGAAUGACCAUGACAUCAAUCACAAAUACACUUGUUCAGCGGCCGGUUCUCCACCCAGCGCCUCCGAGGUCAGAGGGAUUUAAGGGAAUUCACUCCUGGGGGUUUGUUGACCGAUCACGAAGGGGGGAAAAGACGAAAAGCAAGAAAUGAUGAGUACCUCUGCAGCUGGGUUCCGUGAGCGCACGGGUGAAGAGAUUGGCACAGGAUCAGUGGCUUCAUUCAACUUCAACAAAUAUGCCACAAUAAAGAGUAUGGCAGAAGGCAUGCUCGAUGUCACUUUACUUAUGUCGAAUGCAAAGCAGCUGGUUAUGGUGGUCAACCAUGGCCCAGAAUAUAAAUUCUACAUUCCUCUUAUUGUCCUGAUUUGUCUCUGCCUCUUACUUCAGAUUGUUAUUUUCUUAUUCCUUAUCUUUAUUGCUAAAACCAACGUGAAUGAAGUUGAAAAGCAGAAAAAGUUGAAUCUGUGGAACAUCAUCGUCACUUUCCUCGUUGGAAUCGCUCUUUUCCUUAAUGUAUUCAUCACUGCACUAAUGCCGGGGAAGAACGAUGCUACGUUGACCUAAGAACUUCCAAAUACACAUUGUAUAUGCAAAGUUGAACAGAAGCAUUUAAAAAUCUAUAACAUAGAUACCUACAACUCAGUGUUUGCAAUUAUUAAUUUAAAAGAAAAUGACUUUUGUAUUUUUAAUUAUGUUUCUCUCAUGACUUUGGCUUAAUAAACUAAGAUGUGUGGGCACGCCGAAAGGAAUGCGGAUGUUGUAAACACUAAUAACUCUUCUGCUUCCUGAGAUUAAUACAGUGUCCUGGUGCCAUGUUAAUAUUUAUUCAUACAAAGGCUUUUAUUAUAUUAUCCAGGUGGAUACUGGAAACUCGUCUCUUGAACCUAACAGUUGCUUUGUUUGCAUUAGUCUUUUGGCAACAGGGAGGAUCUGGUUUUAUUCCACUACUUUGCUGUAAUGUUUGCUGUAAACUAAUUGAUCGCAAGUAUAAUUAUGCCGCAAAUCUGUCAUAUUUCUCCAGGUGCAGCUGUGUUAUUGUAAGACUGCAUAAUUCAUAUGUUGCAUCUUCUAUUCAUAUGUUGCACCUUCUAUUCAGAUGUCCUGAGAAUGGUUAACCUCAUCCUAACACUUACCUAGAAGUUACCUAUGAGUUUGAGAUCUGCGGCUGAAGGGUCCCGAUGCAAAACAUCACCUGUCCAUAUUCUCCAGGGAUGCUGCCUAGCCCACUGAGUUAUUCCACCAUUUUGUGUCUUUCCCUGAUAUAUCCAUACCUGUACUUAUUUUUAACUAAAACUCUGUCUUUAAUUGAUUUGUUUUAAAAAUACCCAAGUCUUUGCCAGAAGAAUAGACAAAGCUACUUCAGAUUUGUACGUUAAAACCCACUUAAAUUCAGGACAGAAGUUAGAUGUGUGUGACAAGAUGAUCAAUAAGUGUACAGAAAUUUUUUCUAAUCCAUGACCAAAGUCAAAUCAUAGUGUUUUUCUGCAGUAUAUUAAUAAAUUGACUUUUAAUGGUGCCAGCUUUCGAAGCCAUCCGAGCCACUUUGGCAGGGCUCGGUGUCAUUGGUCAACAUACAGUGACCUUUGACUCAGCUUCUGUUAGGCAAGCAAUGUUAAAAUAACCCUUUUUGAGUAUUUUGAUAGUAUUAUGCUGUAAUGCUGACGCAAUAUCAAGGCGUGUUUAAACGUGUAUGAUUAACUGAGUGAUUACUAGACAGAAGUGUGGUGACUUCAAUGCAGAGCAAGAAUUUGCAUGAAUAAAGUUUUGACUAUGAUCUUGAAAUCAUUUCAGUAUGUCAUUGUAUCUAUAUAACAAGAAUGUUCAUUUUAAAUAUGUUUUAAUAUUCUUAAGCUAAGACUGUUUCUCCAAUAAAUGCACAUUUACCCUUUG